AUGGAGCAGCUACCGUCAGCAGAGGAACUUAAGACUCUAGCUCUCGAGUACCUCUCAAAGGCUGAGACCUCCCUUUGGAAUGUGCUUCCACCUGUAGUGCAAGAAUCCCCCGUAUUUCUCGAUAUAAGCCGAGCUCUUAAUGUUCGCGUUGAGACAGCUCUGUUGCUGUCGACGAUCGGCGUCCUACUGGCCUCUCUUAUAUUCCUCCUAGCCGUGCGGUUGGCCUUCGCGGGCCCUCGAUUCAACACUAUCGUGCUUCUGGGCCUGUGCGGAGCCGGCAAGACGUCCCUCUGGUACAAGCUACGGGAUGGGUCAACCCACGGCGGCACAGUGACGUCCAUGGCAGUCAACGAUGACAAGUUCCCGCUGCACGCCGAGCUGAGCAAGAACCCCAGGGCCCGUCCAGUGCAUAUGGUGGACUUGCCUGGCCAUCCCCGCCUGCGCUCCCUGGGGGCUCCGUUCCUCUCCCGCGCGUGUGGGAUCGUGUUCCUGGUGGAUGCCCUUGAUUUCACUCUCAACAUCCGACCUAACGCAGAGUAUCUGUAUGAGCUGCUCUCAUCGGCUGCGGUGCAACAGAGGCGGGUACCGCUGCUGCUGGCAUGCAACAAGAUGGAGAAAGUGACGGCACACUCGGUGGAGUUCAUCCGGAAGCAACUUGAAAAGGAAAUUGAGAAGCUGCGCUCGUCACGCCAUUCCAUGGAACCUGUUGGCUCCAGCAAGGACGGAGGGUCACAAGGGCUUGUUCUGAAGGGCAGUGGAGGCGCCUUCCGGUUUGCUGACUGCAUCAACCCUCCGCUGGAAGCCAGUGAGGAGGAACUCGACAGGAUCCUCUUCGGAACGACCGCAGCGGCCUAUUACGAGCAGAAUAAAGUGCAUCAUUCCUCUGAAUAUAUCACGAAUUCGAGGAACAUCCGCCUCUACACGCAGUCAUGGUUGCCUGCUGGUCGCAAGCCAUUGGCCCUCCUCUUCUUCUGCCACGGCUACGGCAGCAGCUGCAGUUGGAUGAUGCAGCUCACAGCCGCUCGAUUCGCCUCGGAGGGCUUCGCUGUGUUCGGCAUCGAUUUCGAGGGCCAUGGCAAAUCGGAUGGUCUGAGAUGCUCGUUCAGGUCCGUAGAGCAUCUGGUGGACGACUGCUGCGCCUUCUUCGCGUCAGUCAAGGCGAAGCCUGACUCCGCAGGUCUUCCGUCGUUCGUGUACGGGGAGUCGCUGGGAGGCGCCAUCGCAAUGACCGUUGCACUGCGUGAUCCUGACAGCUGGACUGGGCUGGUCAUGGUGUCUCCCAUGUUACGUAUAAAGGAGGAGCUGCAGCCUAGCUGGGCUGCUCUGCAAGUUCUUCGAGUCCUUGCAACGAUCAUUCCUGACAGUGCCUUUGUGCCCACCAAGGGUGACUUGAUCCGGUAA